UUUGAUCCCUUUGUAGUCGAUAAAUGCGAUGUGAUCAAUCCCGAGGCGGCAUACGCACAGAAUCUUUGAGAGAGGAUGGCGCAGGCAAGCAAGGAGCCGUGCAAGAAAGAGGCUUGUGACAUUCAAGCUUGCCUCUCCAAGAACAACUUUCUUCCACAAAAGUGCCUUAAAGUUAUUGAACUGCUUGACUCCUGUUGUGCAAAAUGCGAUUAUAACUCAACUCACUGUGCUUCCCUCUCCGGACUUUUGAAACCGAAGCCAAAGCCUAAGAGAUGAGUUAUAUUUUCAGAUAAAUGAUGACCAGAAGGUUGCAUAUUCUUCUUCUGUCUACAGAAAAAUGGGAAGAGUAGUUGAGGGAGUGCAAAAAACAAAUGAAGGGCUAGUAUAUUUCUUUUCUUUAAUUUCUUUCAAAUUUGAAUUAUGAACGGCUUCACCGGUAUACCGCUGUAAUAUUCUGUUCCUCUACAUGCUUUGUCAUAGAAUCACGGUAUUGUAGAGUUUAGACAUAUUUUACUGUAAGUAAUAAUCAAUAAUAAAAGUGAAAACUAAUAUUUAUUAUUUGUUGUACCAA